CAUUUCAAUUUCGAUACAGCGUAACUCAGUCAAAACAUUUAGAUAAUAAAACCAUGAAAAAAACACAAACUUUUUAACAUCCCAAAAAAUUGAGUAACAGAACUGACACGGUAUCAUGUCUGAAAUUAAAUUAAGUAAAUCGGAGAAGAUCGCAGCCGCAAAGAAGAAGUUGAAAGAGUUUCAAACCAGACAAAAGCCUGAUCCGGCUCAAAAUGUCUACACCGAAAUACCAUCAGCGGAAACACCUCGGGAUACACCCCAAAACGGUUUGACCAGUUCGUUCACAAGCACUGCAUAUCCAGAUCAAGGGACCAUUCCACAACAAAACUAUGAUUCUGCUUUUGGAACGGAUACUGGCCACACGAACUUCUCAGCCUAUUUCAAUAGUCCCGUCAAUUCCGACGCUCAACAAAAUCUCUUCCAAGGUUUUGGUGAACAGUUGCAACAACAACAACAAGAACAACAACAAAUCGACACCUAUAGUCGACCUCGAUCUAACGAGAUGAAUGAAUUUACAGGAAUACAACAACAAACAACCUUCAUACCUGAGCCACACUCUCUUACAACACAGGAGACGACACAAAUGUCUUCACCACAAUUUAUAGACCAUUUUGGUGAAUGUGCGACAGUACCACUUGCUGAUGCAACGAAUCAAUUAUCCGACGAACUUCAAGCAACAACAUCGAAAUUGAGUGCUGCAUUAGAUAAGAAUAAUGAACUUGCUGGUCAACUAACCGAACAGAGUGGAUUGAUAGACCGAUUGCAAUUGGAGCUUCAUAAAGUGAAACUAGAAAAUUCGGUCAAAACGAAUCUAGACGCAGAAUCGCUGAAAGGACAAUUAGAUGCACACGCACAAACGAUCGGCAUUUUGGUCGGUGAGAAGGCUGAACUAACAGCAGCAUUAACCAAAUAUCAAGGUCUUGCGCAUAGUAACGCUUCGGAAGUGGAAGAACUUCAAGGCAGGCUGAACGCAUCGCGGCAUCGUGUGUCAGUGCUGGAAAGGGACAUCGGAAACAUGAAAAGCUCGCAUGAAAAGUACGACACUACGCAACAGAAACUCUGUGACGAACUGGAACAGUGCCAAGAAGAAAUUAAGAAAUUUAAGAAAAUUGUUUCCGAUUCAGAAGAAGAAAUAGCGGAACUGAAACGAAGUUCGACGUUGAAGGCCGAAAAGAUCGGUUCUCUCGAGCAAGAGUUGAAGAAAAGGAGUUCCGAACUGGAGUUGAGCAAAUUGCGUGUGGAACAGCUAUCUAUUGGCGAUGGGGUUCAGUCUGAGGGCCAACUGGAAAAUUUAAGUGCAGAAAAAUUGUUCUACGAGCAGAAAACACAUGAAUUGGAGGGAGUGGUACAACAAUUAAAUGCUGAACGGGAACAGUCCGGACAACAAUAUCAGAAUUACGUACAACAGUUGAACCAGGAAAUUGCCAAACUAGCUCAACAGUUGCAGGAAUAUGUUGCUGACAAUGAACGUCUAUCGAAAAGGGAACAAGCUUUGGUUAAACAUGUCGGUGAAUUGGAACGACAAAUACAACAGCAAUUUAACAAGCAAAAGAGGAAUGCUGAAAUGUCAGUGUCCACCGAAGAGAUUGAAGCGCUGAAGUCAAGAUGCGGUGCAUUGGAAGAGGAGAAAGCAAAAUCGGAAGCUCAACAGCAAUCGCAUUUGGAACAAAUUUCUUCGCUUCAACUCCAGCUUCAAGAGAAAAUCACUUUAUUGUCUGACACAGAAACGACGAUGGAACGGAUUCAAAGCGAACGACCGGAUUCAAAGAAUUUAAUUGCUUCGAUCGAAAGUGACAAAGUGGCCGCUUCGCGUGCCAUGUCACAAAACCAAGAUCUGAAGCAACAACUAGAUGAAAUGCAGAGAGCAUUCGUGCAAGUGAGUAACGAUAAAUUGGAGCUAACAGAUCGUCUGCAAAGCGAACAGCAUUUGGGUCGCGAAAUACGCUUGCGUUUCGAUGGCAUGGACAGUGAACUGAGUUCUCUGAAAGAGAAGCUGCAUUUCAAGGAUGAAGAGAUGAUCCGUUUGAGUCACGAAAAUGUCGAUUUGAAUAAACAAAUUCUGCAACUGACACAAGAAUUGGACAGACUCAGACAUUUUGAAGCCAAAAAUGCAUCGAGCAACGUUCUACAACAGCAGUUGAUUAUUGCCAACGAGAAAAUAAAGAAACUCCGCUCCCGAGUCCAAGAAUUUGAAGAAAAGGAAAAACUUGACGGAGUAGCGAAAACUGAAACUGCUGCCGAUGGGACUGUAGAGAACCCAGAAACUGAUUCAGAGAAUCGUGAAACGACUGUUCAAGCUGAGGAAAGAGACGCUGAUAGCCCGGAAACAGAUUCUGUCGGAUCGACGAUUAAUAUUGCGACUGAAGAGGCCAUGGAAAAACUACAAGAACGCUUCACCCGUACAAUGACAGAGGUGGCCAAUUUGACCGAAGAAAAACAUCGUCUCGAGCAUCUGGUAAUGCAGUUACAAGGAGAAACGGAGACCAUCGGAGAAUAUAUCACCUUGUACCAACAACAAAGACGCUUGUUGAAACAGCGUGAAGUGGAAAAAGACGUCCAAGUGCAGCAGAUCAUUUGUGACAAGGAGAUAAUGAAAGAUAAACUAAGUCAAUUGAAUCGACUGGUUGAACAACUAUUGCAACAGAAUGGUGUCCAACAGACGGACAAAAUUUUCGUGGAAAAUUUCGGCGACAAUAACAAUUCCAGUGAACUACAGCCGCAAACAAAUGGCCUUGACGACACGGAAGUAAAUGAAAAUGUUUCGAAAGUCGACGAUACCAAACAGAGCGCUGACACAGCAUCCAAAAUUUUAAAUUUAUUAUCAGAAAUUCAAGAUAACAACCGAAAUCCAAAUUUCAUGAAGUCGGUUAGUGAUGUUCACCAUUGUGCUUGCUGCUACGGAAAGUUAGAAGUGGUUUAAAUUACGAUAGACAAUAGACAAUUUAUUCAAUUUUAUGUUUUUGGUGCUUUAUUCAUUGCCGUUAGGAUAAUGGGAGUAUGAUUUGUGUAUCGUUGCAUCUUUUGCUGGUGGAACUAUGUAUGGACAGUAGAUUUUAUAACAAGUCAUGCACACAAGAAAAUAAUAUAUUAUUCUAACAUUAAAA